UAGAGAGAGAGAAAGUAGAGAGAGAUGGGUGACCAUAACAACAACAGGGACAACAAAAGGAUAGGGUACAAUGUGGUGACCCAACAAAAGCACAGGACCAGUGAUCUUAGAACAAUGGUGAAGAUUUUUAGCCAUCUGCUUCCUCACCCUAGUUCCAACCUCGGCACCCACCGCUAUUUGUCCAAUCACACCCCACCACCUGGCUAAGAUAUCCAACCUUAGCUUCAAUUUUACACACACUCUCCUUCUCCCUCUCAGGCUCGUCUUUUUCCUUGAUGGUGAUCUAGGGUUUGAGGCUUUUGGUGUGACCCAGAAAGCAGCACUUGUGAUUGCCUCUUUGACCACCAUGGAAGGUUUUGGGAGUUUUGGGUUCGGUGAUAAAAACAGGGCCGCGAAGAAGAAGAGGAGUAAUACAUCCCGUCGUCCUCGGAAUGAUUCACAGCUGCCUUCAGAUUACCGUGAUUUUUCGUCCUUGUCAUCCACACCACCUUCAGAUAAUGUGAGCAAAGUAUCAAGCGAUGAGAACAAUGAUUGUGGUUCAGUUUCUCGAAAGAAAGAAAUCAAUUUGGACCUGUGCAGCACAAGGGCUUCAUCUAUUAACAUCGCUGAAGCUGAAUCUGGCCAAAAUAUGAUCAAGAAUGAAGAUGGAGUUUUCGGAGAUUCCGAUGAAGCUUCCAAUAAUGGUUCUUUCCGAGGAAGUAAUGAGCAGGUACACAGUGUAGUUGAUUACAGAAGACACAGUGAAGGUGUCCUUGCGCCAGCUGAUUAUAAAGGCACGAGCAAGGUAGGGCAUUUUGGAGCUGUUUCAGAUGGCUUAGAACAUGAGAACAAAGUGAAAAAGGUUAAGCUUAAAGUCGGUGGUGUCAUACGGACAAUUCAUGCCAAGUCAAUAUCAGAUGGUGCAUCUGGUGUUGGAUCGUCUACUACAAAAUCUUCUCGCAUUUCAGAUACCCCUCACCCACGGCAGAAGUUUAUUGGUCAGGAAAAUUCAGAUGACAACCGUUCCUUUACUUCAGAUAAGGGGAGUAGCUUACGGGGGGUUCCAUGGAAGGAUUUUUCCAAAUAUGGUUUAAAUGUGGGAAAAGCUGAUUCUUCAAGGAGCAGGAUGCCUGAAGAAAAUAUUUCCACAAACCAAGCUGAAAAAUACGAGCCUAUUCGCAAAAGCAGACGGAUCUCCAAGAGACGUGUGUUGGAUGAAGCGCUUGGUGAUGGAGAUGAUGAUGAUGAGAUUAGAUAUCUUGAAAAACUCAAAACAUCUAAGGCUACCAUUGAUUACAGUGUAGAGGAUGAAGAUGAUGAGGAAGGAGGAAGCAGGAAACAACGGAAGAUAUCAAGGGUAUUGAAGAGUAAUGUUGAUGGCCGAUAUGAUGUUAAUGUGGAAGGUCACCUCUCAUCAAGAUCGAGCAAGGAGGGUAAGAAGUCUCGAUCGGGGCGAGCAUUUGAAGAUACCGAUUAUUUAGAAGAGGAAGAAGCAAUUUCAGAUGGUGAGACCAAUACUAACAAGAAGAAACCAAAAAAGGAAUUUGUUGAUUUAUUGGGAGAUAAUAAGAAGGAAAUAACAGUCACUACACGUCAACGGGCCCUUCAAACUGGCAAAGAUGUCUCUUCCAGCUUAGGUGCAAGUCUAAUUGAGUUCCCAAAUGGCUUGCCUCCUCCUCCACCUAGGAAGCAAAAAGAGAAACUCUCUGAAGUGGAGCAGCAGUUGAAAAGAGCCGAGGCUCUUCAAAGACGUAGGAUGCAAGUGGAGAAGGCAGCUAAGGAAUCUGAGGCUGAGGCUAUCAGAAAAAUCCUGGGUCAAGAAUCAAGUAGGAAGAAGCGGGAAGAUAAGAUGAAGAAACGGCAAGAAGAAUUGGCACAGGAGAAGGCUGCAAACCAUAUGGUACUUCCAUCGGACUCUGUUAGAUGGGUCAUGGGUCCCUCAGGAACAGUUGUUAUAUUCCCUAAUGAAAUGGGCUUGCCAACUAUAUUUGAUUCCAAACCUUGCAGUUACCCCCCUCCCCGUGAGAGAUGUGCUGGGCCAUCUUGUACAAACCCAUACAAGUACCGGGAUUCCAAGUCAAAGCUCCCCUUGUGUAGCCUCCAAUGCUACAAGGCAAUAAAGGAAAAGAUGCAGCCUGUAACAGCCUGUUAAUCAGGCGGACUUGGCUAUAUUAGCCUGUAACUGUAUAUAAAAGGAAUUGUAUUUUUGCUGUAGGACGUUGGAUAUUUGCAUUUGUUCUUCAUGAAAUAAGACUCUUGUUUUAAUCAAAAAGAUUGUACUAGAGAUAAACCUUAGAAGUGUUUGGAAGAUAACUUUGAAUCUCUCUCAAUUCCUUCAAAAUUCUAGCAAAAUACUAGCUGAUGUUUGGCAAGAAAGUUUAGUAGCAAUAGCAUAUAAUUUUUUUGUUUU